AUGGCGAACAAAGACGAGGCAGCCAAGCUGGAUCAAUCGUAUACAGAACCUGACCCGAAUAACUAUUCUGCAUAUCAACGGGAGAUCUACUCCUCUCUCCGAGCACCUAUAUUCUCAACCAAGCCGCCUGAAUGGGAGGCUCUAGCUCGUGCAAGGGUUCCAGCCGCUAACUUUGGCUAUGUCCAUGGCUCGGCCUCCAGCGGCAGCACCCACGCAGCUAAUAUCGCAGCUUUCGAUCGUUACCGAAUCCGACCUCACAUGCUGGUCAACGCGACUCGGCGGGACAUGAGCAUCGAGCUUUUCGGCAAAAAGUAUAACAGCCCGCUUCUGGUGGCACCAGUCGGUGUCCAGAAGAUCAUGCAUGAGGAUGCCGAAGAGGCCACUGCCUGGGCUUGCGAAAAGGUCGGGAUUCCGAUGAUUCUCUCGUCGGCCGCUACACGGACCAUCGAGCAGGUGGCAGAAGCAAAUGGGAGCGGGGCGCGCUGGUAUCAGCUGUACUGGCCGCGACCGCAAUGGGAAGAGGUCACAGUCAGCUUGCUCAAUCGGGCAAAAGCCAACGGUUACACAGUGCUGGUAGUCACUCUCGACACGUUCAACUUAGCCUGGCGGCCGACAGAUCUCGACACAUCCUACCUACCUUUCAUCUGGGGCGACGGGUGCCAGAUCGGCCACUCCGACCCGGUAUUCAAUGCGAGAUACGAGGAAAUCCAAAGGAACGAUACAAGGAGUUACGGGGGAAAGCUCGCCGAACUAUGGGCCACCCUGAGGAGACCCGGCUCCGUCUACGGUGCGGCUAAAGUUCUAACAAACGUGUCACUGCUUCAGAAGUCAAGGGCCUGGCUAGAUGUCCUGAACUCGGGGACAUACCGAGAAUGGAAGCAUCUAGAGAUCCUGAAGAAGCUUUGGGACGGCCCGAUUGUUCUCAAAGGGAUCCAGACCGUCGAUGACGCCCACCGAGCGAUCGACUACGCCAUGGAUGGCAUCAUUGUCAGCAACCACGGCGGAAGACAAUGCGACGGUGCCAUUGCCUCGCUUGACGCUCUUGCUGAGAUCGCUGCUGACGAAAAAGUCAAGCGAUCCAAUCUCACUCUCAUUUUCGACAGUGGCAUUCGUGCGGGAAGCGAUGUAUUGAAAGCCCUGGCGUUGGGUGCCAAGGCCGUCUGUAUCGGCAGACCGUACAUGUACGGCCUCGCCAUCCGAGGCCAGCAAGGUGUCGAGCACGUCCUCAAGUGCUUGCUAGCCGACACCGACAAUAUGCUAGGUAAUAUGGGCAAGAAGAGCGUUACAGAUCUCAGCCGGCACGACCUACAGAUCAGACCAGAGUCAAAGCUCUAG